CAGCUGUGGUGGCGUGGUGAAGGGACUUCCACCUUGGCAGACUUUUAUAAGUCAGCUCAACACUCUCCCAGAAUUCUCCCUUUUCAUGUCCAAGCUGCUCCCACUGGCCCUCCUGCCAGCAGAGAAACAGAGACCUACAGUCCUCUGCUGGGGAAUGAAAUAUUCAGUUUGAUGGCUCAGGAAGGUGACGCUUCCUUCCUUGUCCCAGCCCUACUAUAAAGAGUAGCCGGAACAUUGGCAGUGGCCCCACAAGGCUGCAGAUUGCACUGAACAGACCAGCAAACAAGGUGGUCCUCAGAAUACUGAACUGCCCUUGGUAAGGAUGCAGGCCUGUGUGCUGUGGUGGCUGGCCCUUGGCAUGCUGCUGGGGAUUCCUGCAGGAGCCAAGCCAAUGCCAGAGGAAGCAGAUCCCCACACACAGCCACCAGCUAUGCCCUACUGGCCUUUCUCCACCUCUGACUUCUGGAACUACGUGCAAUAUUUCCAGACCCAGGGCGCCUACCCACAGAUCGAGGACAUGGCCAGAACCUUCUUUGCACACUUUCCUCUGGGGAGCACCCUAGGCUUCCAUGUUCCCUACCAGGAGGAUUGAGCAGUGUCUAGUCUUCUGCCUCCCUGGCUGCACUGCCCGGGGCUGAAGGUGAUUCAGAGACUUGGGGGUGGGGGGAGUGGAGCACAUGAGCAAUAAACUCUCUCUGAAGCUGCA